UCUUCCCACCGCGGUAUCUGUCAGCAGUCUCUGGUCAUCUGUACUGUGGUCAUCUCCUGUAUUGUCCACAGUAUCUGGUCAUCUCCUGUACUGUCCGCAGUCUCUGGUCAUCCCCUGUACUGUCCGCAGUCUCUGGUCAUCCACUGUACUGUGUCCGCAGUCUCUGGUCCAUCUCCUGUACUGUGUCCGCAGUCUCUGGUCCAUCUCCUGUACUGUGUCCGCACUCUCUGGUCCAUCUCCUGUACUGUGUCCCGCAGUCUCUGGUCCAUCUCCUGUACUGUGUCCGCAGUCUCUGGUCCAUCUCCUGUACUGUGUCCGCAGUCUCUGGUCCAUCUCCUGUACUGUGUCCGCAGUCUCUGGUCCAUCUCCUGUACUGUGUCCGCAGUCUCUGGUCCAUCUCCUGUACUGUGUCCGCAGUCUCUGGUCCAUCUCCUGUACUGUGUCCGCAGUCUCUGGUCCAUCUCCUGUACUGUGUCCGCAGUCUCAGGUCCAUCUCCUGUACUGUGUCCGCAGUCUCUGGUCCAUCUCCUG